AUGAUUUUACGAAGUGUUGGCUAUAAGAAUAUGCAGAUACAGCAGAAUGAAGAAGUGGAUGUUGAAUUCUUGUUCACGAACUUCCUCGUUAAUGAAUUUAGCAAAGCAAACUGUGUUAUAAAGGAUACACUGUUAUGGCGCAUAUGGUGUGCCACUUUUCUUGAACUUUUGCCUGAUAGGGUCAAUCCUUUAGAGGAUGAGAUCUUGACUGCGGAGACAUUGUUUAUGGAGGCUAUUAAGUAUAGCAAAUGUCUUAUUUCAGAUUUAACUAGACUAAUAAAUGGAGGUAAUACCAAUAUGGAAUCUACACUUUCGCCUACGGAGUUGCAUAUUCUUUGUGGUGGAACCUCCGGGGAAUUUGCGGCAAUUUGUCUAUUUGUAGCAUUAAAAUCUUCGCUUGGUCUCCAUUUUUCGAGCGAGCCGACUACGAAGUCUGGUGUAGAGUUUUCCGCUGAGGUUAUGUCAAAACUAUUUAAAGAGCUUAUUCGAUUCUAUACUUUUAUUUAUCCUACUUCUCGUCACUACCACUUGCUGGAUGUAUGUCAGUCUUUGUGGCAGAGUUCGCGGAAAACACGUCAAAGAUUAACUUUUACUCAGGUUUUUACACCACAACGGCAAAAAAGAUCUCCCUUGGUGCGUCAAGAAGAUGUUUUUGUAAAUCCAACUCGGACAACAGCGGUGUUUUCUAGUGAGGAAAUCGAAGUUCAAUCGAAAUCUUUUUCUAGCUGCGUUUUAGGUGGACUUCGGUCCGAGGAAAUGGUAAAAAAAUUGAUAAAAUGUAUCCAGCUUCAACGGAGAAAUAUGCCCAUACUUAGCGGCAUUUUGGGGGGCACUCAGGUAAACUUUUGUGAAGAGUCGGUUGUUUCCUCAGCUCGGAAAACGAUGCCCAACUCUGUUUGGGAAGAAAAUAUUUCUACGUCUUGGUGUACAAUUGAGUUACCCGAAGAGUCUGGGGGGGAUCGCAGUCUUUUAGAGAAAUUUCUGCGGAAUGCGACUGAUUGUUUGGCCAAAGAAAAAAUUGAUAAUGCCAUGUCUUCGUUGAACAGUACAAACCAAAGUUUAAGUUGCUUUCCGCCCUUUUGA